GUCAGGUAGGCACAGCUCGUGGACUGUGAGUGAAACAGACAAAGGCAGAGAGAGAGCUCGUGCCGCUAUCCUGCAGCAUCCACACCCACCCACUCCACUCCACACGCUCCAACGCGGGUGAACCCCCCAGAGGUAACCACCAUCAGAACACAUCCACGGACCCGCCCCGCCCCCUGACCUCAGUCACCAUGGAGCUGGACUUCGGCCAUUUCGACGAGCGUGACAAGACGUCCCGCACCCCCCGAGGCGGGCGCCCCAACGGCCUGCCCAGCCCCACCCACAGCGCCCACUGCAGCUUCUACCGCACGCGCACCCUCCAGGCCCUCACCAACGAGAAGAAGGCCAAGAAGGUGCGCUUCUACCGCAACGGCGACCGCUACUUCAAGGGCAUCGUGUACGCCGUGGCGGUCGAGCGCUUCCGCACCUUCGACGCCCUCCUCGCCGACCUGACGCGCUCCCUCUCCGACCACAUCAACCUGCCGCAGGGGGUCCGCUUCAUCUUCUCCAUCGACGGCUUGCGCAAGAUCGUCUCCAUGGACGAGCUGGAGGAAGGGGAGAGCUACGUCUGCGCCUCGGAGAACUUCUACAAGAAGGUGGACUACACCAAGAACGUCAACCCCAACUGGUCGGUGAACGUGAAGGCCUCGGCCAGCCAGAAGAACCUGCAGUCCCUGGCCAGCAAGGCGACCGGCGAGGUCCGAGAGGGCAAGGAGUUUGUCCGGCCCAAGCUGGUGACGGUGAUGCGCAGCGGGGUGAAGCCUCGCAAGGCGGUGCGCGUGCUGCUCAACAAGAAGACGGCUCACUCCUUCGACCAGGUGCUGACCGACAUCACAGACGCCAUCAAGCUGGAGAGCGGCGUGGUGAAGAAGAUCUACACCCUGGACGGCAAGCAGGUCACCUGCCUUCAGGAUUUCUUCGGGGAUGACGAUGUGUUUAUUGCCUGUGGACCAGAGAAGUUCCGCUACGCCCAGGAUGACUUUUCCCUGGAUGAGAAUGCACACUACCCUUCUGGAACCAAACCCAAAUCAAGCCCGGCGGGCUAUAAUAACCAAGAAUGCAGGGUGAUGAAGGGGCCCAAACCCCAGAGGAUCUCUAAGAGUCCAGGUCCGACCCGUCGCAGCAAGUCUCCAGCAGAAUCGACCAAUGGGACUGGCUCCAGCAGCCAGCUCUCCACCCCUAUUUCCAAGCAGUCCCCCACCUCUACCCCCACCAGUCCUGGCAGCAACCGUAAGCAGAAGGAUCUCUACCUGCCUCUGUCUCUGGAUGAUGAGGAUUCUCUGGGAGAGUCUAUGUAGGUGUUCCUCACAGCUGCAGCCUCUCUCCCUGGCCUGACACACAGAGCUGUCUCUGGUGCUGGCGCCCCCUAAUGUCUGGGAGGACCUAUCUAGCCUGCACCCAGCCUCUUCCUGGUGACAGUCGUCUACUUUACCUUCACCACUAGGGCUGUUCCACCUUUUGCUGCUUGAGAAUUCACCACAAAAUCUCUUCUUUUUUAUAACAAAUAUUGUUAAAAAUGUAUAUGCUGGGCGUAUACGACAAUGAUGUAAAGAUGACCACGUCUCAUUAAAAUUCCCAAACUGCCAGUUGUCAGAAGUUGAAUUUUAAAUGUUUCUCUUUAAAGAGAGCUUGCAAUUUACUAACAGGAAGUCCUUACAAACUAUGAAAAAUAUAUUUAAAAAAUCCCCAAAUUCUUCCAUGUAAACCACAGGCGUAAAAGACACUCCCACUUCAUGUGCAUAAUUCCAAGCAGCAAACGGACUUUUCUCCAGGGGUAUCCAUCAGACUACGUCUACGUUUUUGUGUUCCUGAUGCUAAUGAUUUUCCUCUUUCCUUUUUAUCCUUUUUGUUGUAUGAUUCAAGGUGUGACAAGUAAUUAGAACCCUUUUAGGUGAAUGUCUUUCUCAUCUGCUGUAAAUAACGUGUACAGCCAUCGCAUCAUUUCCUGCUAAUACUGUAACCAUAACCAUGCUUCUAUAAUGUCAAUACCGACAUCCGCCACACAUUCAGACAACAUUGCGCGUUCUCUGACGCGAAGGUCUUCACAAACUGUGAUGCACGGUUAGGCCAAACUACAGCACAUCGGGCAUGUACAGAUAGAGUUGAAAAAAGGGAGAUGGGGGUUGGGGAUAAAAUAACCAAAGUCAAAAGAAUUAGGCCCUAGUUUAACAGGAAGUGAUUUGUUUUCUUCUAAUGUCAAACUGAUCCUGGGAAGAAGACUACAACAUACUUUGUAGUUGUUGUUUGAGCCCCUGGAAAGUUCCAUUUUAAAAAGUAGCCUUGCUGCAGCACUGUUCUCGGGUCAAACUCUCUGUUCUGGGUGCCUGUUGCACACCGCGCUAUACACACACAUACAAACAGAUGCCAAUCACCAAGCUUUUUGAGGCAGUCUUGUAACAACAUGUACUGUAACCAUGGCAAUAAAACUGAUUUCUGGAAACGUGUCACUUGGUGCAGUUUGAUCUGCUCUGGCAGCUAUUGUUAUGACUGCCACUGGGCACUGGAACACCAGGUUAAACACUCUGAAGAGUUUAAUGACAAUGAAGAUGUCAAAGCCAAAGUAUAUAUUUGACUGAGAAAAAGAGAAAAUGGUAAAUGUAAAUAUGUUUCGGUUCCCCAAGAAGAACAGUACUGUAUGAUACUGUGAGCUCCCACCAAGACACAAUAUCUGACUAGUUCAUGCUCAUUUAGGGAAAUUAGAUUGCACACUUAACAAUAGUGGAGCUUCUCACAUUUUGCAUGACUUUUACCUAGUGUUAAUUGAUUUAUCGCAAUUUUAAGAUAGGAAGAAGCAGAAAUAUGAAGACUUUUCAUAUAAAGAUUCUUUUCUUACACGGGGUUGGUAAAAAAAUAUUUUAACGUAUGUUAACGUGCUAUCUCUGUCUGAAACAAAAAAAAAAUCAUGUUCUUGGAGAAUAACACAUGAAGGGGUCACACUGAUGUUAAGUUUCUGAGGAAGAUGUCCUGUGAAAAUCUUAUUAAAACAUUGUUGUGAGACAGGAAGUGGACUGGAUUAGGCCCAGGCAUGGAGGUUUUUCCUGGCAGUCAUAGAGGAGAGUGUGAGAGCGUGGGGCAUUUUUGUAAGGAAGCAAAGUGAACCGGUGCUCCCCUCCCCUGGGACAUGUCUAACUCCGUGAAAGCCAUACUGUACUAAACAGUUCUACUAUAUUGUGCAACAACCCACCUGAGUCCCUCAAUGACACCUUACUCCAGCAGGGGGCACUGUGAUGUCAACGCAACAGCUAAUCCAACAGCAGGUCCACUUUUACACCUUUUUGGGAAUCAACAAUUUGUAAGAAAAUGACAUGUAACUUUUUUUUUUUUUCUGGACGAAAUCCGAUGUGUUUUCUCCCGCCAGUUGUUCGAUAUCUCGUCUCUUUGCCCCCAGAUUUUCUACAGCCUAACAUUAACAGUAAAUGUCAGUUGUUUAGUGUGAAGCCGCCGCCACCAUGCAAGAUGGAGGGUGUAAACCUCUCACCCCCUGUGGUGCCUUUUUUUUUAGAUUGAAGUCUUUUGAUAAUAAAAAAAAAGAAACAGGAAAACAAAGACAUGUGUGUCUCUGUUAACAAACUGUUUGUAAAACAUUUCUAUAUGUGUUGAAUUGUAGAGCUGCAGUCUACAUUUGUUUUGUAGGAUUCCAGGAUGCUUCGUCAUGGUGCACAUGUACUCUUUCUGUUCUCUUUGAAUGCAUUUCUGGUGGAAUGACUUGGGUUACUGGAAAAUUUACAAUGUCCUCUUUAUUGGUGUUUUGCAAUGUCACAGUGGCUUGUUUCAGUGCUUCAUUCUAUGUAUUUACCGAUUCCCUUUUUGCAAUUAAAAGAGUUGUAUUCCAGUUCUC